CAUCCCUUUCAUUCGUCAUGUUUAUGAUUUUGUAGCAUCGGUAUGACUAUUGGUAUCGUCAAUACUAGCCUACUUGGUAUCAAAUCGAUAUUAUAAUUUGCAGUAUCGCUCAACACUACUGUAUGCUAGCAGUGGUUGGGUGUGUUGACGGAUCCUUGUGCCAGCUGACUCAAUACUUGCCAAGCCGCGGCCGACUGUCCAGCUAACUACUUUUGUGACGCCGUCGCCUAUCACGCUGACUGAAGAUGUUUGCCAGAAAGUUCAUUGGUGGCCUAAUUAAUGUCAUCGGGAACAUAGACCCAUCCCAGUUUAUCCCCACCGAACCUCCUCAGCCCCGCAGGCCUGCUCUAUAUACCGAGCAGCAUGAGAGUGAUGAGGAGAAACAGUUCCGCAGAGUCUUCCAGCAAUUAGCCGGAGAUGACAUGGAAGUGAGCCCAACUGAACUGAUGAACAUCCUGAACAAAAUCAUCGCCAAACAUGGAGAUCUCAGGACAGAUGGUUUUACUAUUGAGUCUUGCAGGAGCAUGGUGGCAGUCAUGGAUAGCGACAGCACCGGUAAACUUGGCUUCCACGAAUUCAAACAUCUCUGGAACAACAUAAAAAAAUGGCAGGGAGUGUACAAGUCCUAUGAUGCAGAUGGAUCGGGUGUGAUUGGUGCAGCAGAGCUACCCAAUGCUUUCAGAGCUGCUGGGUUUCCUCUCAGUGAGCAGCUGUUCCAGAUGCUAAUUCGCAGAUACAGUGACGAGAACGGCAACAUGGAUUUUGACAACUACAUUGGUUGUCUCGUAAGGCUGGAUGCCAUGUGCCGUGCCUUUAAAACGCUGGAUAAGGAUAACAACGGGACGAUCAAAGUCAACGUUCAGGAGUGGCUUCAAUUGACCAUGUAUUCUUGAGUCCAGAAGAAUACUCCUGCUUGCAAUCACUUUGUUCAGAUAUUACUGAUAUAUAUUUUAUCCACCUUUCACCAACUUUUAUUUUUUUUUAAUGAGUUAACCCCCUCCCACUCUGUGAAUGUUAUUUUCAGAUCAAUGCAUGAUCACCCGAGCAUCAGCUGUGCCAUAGUACUGUGUAGUCAACCCAGGGAAGCACAAACAUUCAUUUACAUAUAAUUUGCUGAAGAGAAUGCACUUAGCCAAUGUGAUCGCAUGCUGGGCUCGUGUUUUUUUAAUUGCUUUUUACUCUGAUCGCCAAUAUUUAAUGUGAAAAGGAAGAGUCCAAAUUCUACACGACAUGAAUUUUAUCAAUAAAAUGUGAAGUAGAUUACAUUUCAUUCGACAAUAAUGUGAGGUUUUCAAUUUGAGUUUGAAUUCCAUGAGCCUAUUGCAUAAUCAAAUCUUAUGGCAAUACACUGGAAUCCACUUAGGUUGACAUCCACUAGAAAUCACACGGGGGUCAACCUGAACUGGUUCCAGUAUAUGCCUACAAAUAACAAAUUUAAAAGAUAACCUACAUUUCAUACAUGUUCAUGUUACAUUAGGUGACCCAUUAAAGCUGCUGUAUGUCUCGGAUAGGCGGCUGCCAAGAGGAUGCUAACUUUCAAACAUGCUCCAAGCAUCAUAUCCCAUGCUCCUUUGAGCAUGUAAACUCUGGCCCAUGUACCGUAUUUUCUGGACUAUAAGUCGCUCCGGAGUAUAAGUCGCACAAGGCCAAAAAUGCAUAAUUAGGUAGAAAAAAAACAUACAUAAGUCGCACUGGAGUGUAAGUCGGAUUUUUUGCGGGUAAUUUAUUUUACAAACUACUUGACCAAAACAGACAUUACAUCCUCUUGGAAGGCAAGUUCUAACAAUAAAAGAAUAGAGAACAGGCUGAAUAGGUGUAAGAUAUGCUAACACAAUGGUUAUUCAACUACAUGAAAAAUAAACAGAAAAGGUGUCCAGUGUUUAUGUAACAAACACUUUUUUCUUUUAUAAGUCGCUCUGGAGUAUAAGUCGCAGGAACAGCCAACCUAUGGAAAAAAAGUGCCACUUAUAGUCCGGAAAAUAUGGUUGGUAAUACAAUACACACACGCACUAGUGAUGGUUGUCAGCUAAUGAUUUGGCAAAAAAAUAAUGUUGAGCCUGUGACAUACAGCAGCUUUAUCCCUCGCUGGUUUUACUGUUUUAUUAUUCAUGGUAGUCUGGAGAUUGAAUUAAGUAAUUGUGAGAGAGAGAGAGUUGUAUAACCAAGCCGUAUGGGGUGUGAUUAUAAUAUGUUUAAGCAUUCUAAGACAGUGAUUUGUUUAGACAGGGUAUGUUGUCAUUUUUGUUCAGCAUUAGUGCUUUUUCUGUUUACUAUCUGUUACCUGCACAUUUUUGUGGAUACCUGUCCACCAGCAGCAUCACGUGUGAAUUCAUAUUUCAGUGUAUGCAACUAACGCAUGCCGCCAAUAAUUUAGGUGCCUUUUUCAUAAAAGUGUUUGUCAUUGUAGUUCUAACCACUUUAACUGCUUGAUGAAGUUAUGUUGGGAAUAAAGGAGGUGUGGUCAUCUU